AAAGACUGAUUUGAUGUCCUUGAUUGUCAUUCGAGGGAACUCCCUUCCCAGCCCCCUCUUCCCAGAACAGUCCGGAGUGGCAGAGAAGGGUUUAGAUGGGUGGAUAAACGGAUGGUUGAGCGAAGCGAGAUUACGGAAGCCAACGCAGCCGUGAGGUUGGCAAUGGUACCUCAACAACGCCCACCUGUAAUCCCAGGCGGCUGAUUGGCUGCUGGAGACACCGACCCCGCCUGUCAGCCAAUCGGACCGUCAGGGAAAGGCGAGGAUGGUCUGCCUCUCCGUGGAGGGAUUCCUGGAGAAGCUGCAGAGUGGUGAUGCUCUGACUACACUCUGCCCCCCCCCCCAUUGGCUCUCGCGUUCUCUCUCUCUCUUUCUCUCUCUCUCUUCCCCCCUCCUCUUAGCCAUCCAGCCAGCAGCAGCCGAAACUUCACCCCUAACAUACAAAGCCAGCUCGCAAAGAGUAGGGGAGGGAGGGGGGUGCACAGACUUUUCGGGGCGCGGAGAAGAGCUUACUCGCAGCUCUACACUUUUCGCGUCUGUCUUUUUGGAGAAGAGUGUGGUUAUCCCUGAAGUCUCUCAUUCCAGGAGAGCCGCGCAGAACAAGACAAAUCCUACUCGUCGCCCAGACGGGAAAGCUGAAGGACAAGCGCCUCCUGCUCCCGGUUGCCUGGAAGGUGAAUUUAGAAAAAAAGAAGAUACCUUGAAUCACAUCAUCAACAGUUCCCCUGGGCCUAAAAUGGCAAAAGAAAGUCAACACCAGGCACUAGCAGCACUACCAGGUACUACUGUUGCAACUGCAAUAGCAAAUAAUGCAACAGAACCAGCGAUACCCGGAGGAGGAAAAGGCGGCACACAAGAAAAUUCACUUUCAAAGUUAAAGGAGAAAUUUAUGAAUGAACUAACCAAAAUUCCUUUGCCACCUUGGGCCUUAAUAGCCAUAGCCAUAGUUGCCAUCUUAUUAGUCCUUACCUGCUGUUUCUGUCUGUGUAAGAAAUGCUUGUUCAAAAAGAAAAACAAGAAGAAGGGCAAGGAGAAGGGAGGAAAGAAUGCAAUUAACAUGAAAGAUGUAAAAGAUUUAGGCAAGAACUUGAAAGAUCAGGCCCUUAAGGAUGAUGAUGCUGAAACUGGAUUGACUGAUGGAGAAGAAAAAGAAGAAGCCAAAGAAGAGGAGAAAUUAGGGAAAAUCCAAUAUUCCUUGGAUUAUGACUUUCAGAACAAUCAGCUUCUGGUAGGGAUAAUUCAAGCUGCUGAGCUGCCUGCUUUAGAUAUGGGUGGUACAUCUGAUCCAUAUGUGAAGGUUUUCCUGCUUCCUGAUAAGAAAAAGAAAUAUGAGACAAAAGUUCACAGGAAAACCCUUAACCCUGUCUUCAAUGAACAAUUUACAUUCAAGGUGCCGUAUUCUGAACUGGGAGGAAAAACUUUAGUGAUGGCAGUAUAUGACUUUGACCGCUUUUCUAAGCAUGAUAUUAUUGGAGAAUACAAAGUUGCCAUGAACACUGUAGAUUUUGGUCACGUGACUGAAGAAUGGCGAGAUUUGCAGAGUGCUGAAAAAGAAGAGCAAGAGAAGCUAGGUGACAUCUGUUUCUCUCUCCGCUAUGUGCCUACUGCUGGCAAGUUGACUGUUGUCAUCUUAGAAGCAAAGAAUCUGAAGAAGAUGGAUGUGGGAGGCUUAUCAGGUAAAUUGAUGGCAGGAAGCAUAUAGUAGUAAAUAUGCCUA